AUGUCGACCGACAAGAUCACCUUCCUCCUCAACUGGCACGCCACGCCGUACCAUGCUCCCCUCUUCCUCGCCCAGAGCAAGGGCUACUUUGCCGACGAGGGCAUCAAGGUCGCCAUUCUGGAGCCCAACGACCCUUCGGAUGUGACCGAGAUCAUCGGCAGCGGCAAGGCCGACAUGGGCUGCAAGGCCAUGAUCCACACCAUCGCCGCCAAGGCUCGCGGCUGGGACGUCCAGUCGAUCGGCACGCUCAUGGACGAGCCCUUCACCGGCGUCGUCUACCUCGAGGGCUCGGGCAUCACCGACUUUAGGUCGCUCAAGGGCAAGAAGAUCGGAUACGUCGGCGAGUUUGGCAAGAUCCAGAUCGACGAGCUCACCACCCACUUUGGCAUGGGUCCCGACGACUACACGGCCGUGCGCGUCGGCAUGAAUGUCAGCGACGCCAUCAUCCGUGGCGACAUCGAUGCCGGCAUCGGCCUCGAGAACGUGCAGAUGGUGGAGCUCGAGGAGUGGUGCAAGACGCAGGGCCGCCCUGCGUCGGACGUCAAGAUGCUGCGCAUCGACGAGCUGGCCGAGCUGGGCUGCUGCUGCUUCUGCAGCAUCCUGAUGAUUGCCAACGACGCCUUUGUGCGCGACCACGCCGACGACCGGGUGCGCCCGUUUAUGCGCGCCGUCAAGCGGGCCACCGACUUCCUCUUUGCCUCUCCGCGCGCGGCGUGGGACGAGUACCGGCUGUACAAGAAGUCGAUGAACACCGACGUCAAUGCGCGCAUCUUUGAGCGCAGCUUUGUCUACAUGUCGCGCGACUGCGCAAACGUGCCGCGCGACUGGUCAAAGGUGACGGCCUACUGCAAGCGCCUCGGCGUCGUCGGACCCGACUUUGUGCCCAACAUGACCAACGACUUUCUCGGAUGGGACAUGGACCACGAGGUGGCUGACCCGCAGAGGAAGCAGGUCGAGGUCGCCCGCUACCAGCACCAGGUGGCGGGUGGGGAGGGCAUCCUCAGCGGCGGAAAGGCGCCCGUCUUUUCACAGGCGGCCGUCGUUGCUUGA